CCGUCAACAAACGGAGUCGGGUCGCCGGAGCCGCCGCCGCGAUGACCAAGUACUGCCGGGCGCCCCGGUGCUCCAACUCGGCCGGGCAGCCGCGCCCGGGCGGCCGGCGCCUCAGCUUCUACAAGUUUCCCUUACACAGUCCUGAGCGUCUGCAGCAAUGGCUUUCCCAAAUGAACCAAGAGAAAUGGGUCCCAACCAAACACCAGCACUUAUGCAGUGAACAUUUUGCCCCCUCCUGCUUUGAAUACCGGUGGGGAGUUCGCUAUCUGAAGCCCGAUGCCAUUCCCACCAUCUUCCAGAGGUCGGACAACUCCCUGAAGAGGGAGGACCCUGCCAAAACGGCUCCUAGCCUGCCAGCCAAGAAGCUCAUUCUUGAGUGCGGUGGAGAGAGGGGCGUCCCGGUUCCACAACCCUCAGGCUGCCAGGAGCCCCACAUGGCGGAAACGCUGGCCAUUGCCAUCGAUCCCAGCGUGGCUGCCACCCCAGUCUACGUGGAAACCCACUCUUCUGCCCCCAGCCUGGACUUCCAAGCCCUCCCAGGACCCCUGGUUGGGGCAGUGAACCUGGUUCCUCUGGUCCAGAUCGUGGAGCCUCUUAAAGCGGUGACCCUGGCUGUGGCUGCCCCGACGAGCGCCGUCCCGGGCCGGUCUUUACAGGAGCCCGCGGAACAACGGGUGGUCGAUUUCAUUGCCUCCCUGCCGCCCUCCACUCUAGGGGUCCUGCCAGGCUCUUCUGUAGGGCUCCCCGGGGCAUUUUGCACCGAAGUGGCCUUGCCCUGUGAAGUGGCGGCAGAGCAGGCGGCGUUGGCUGAGCAGGGGGCCCUGGUCAUCGAGAAUGUCUCCAUCGAGCCUCUUCUGGAGGGCGGCCCUUUCGCAACCGCCCCCGCCCUGGGCGCCCUGCAAGAGCCCACCACCGCGGAGAUGGUAGCCUAUUUCGAGACCAUCCCCACCGCCCCCCUCGCCGCAGCCGCCUCUUCCAGCGUGACCCCCCCCGAGACAGUGUUGUCCUCAGCGCUCAGCCUGCCCAUCGUCUCCACCCUGCCCAUCGUCUCCAACCAAGCCGCUCCAGAGGGCUCCUCGACCGAAGAGGGGAAGCCGGACGAGCUGAGCUCUGCCGAGUCUUCAGAGGAGCAGCUGGAGGAGCAUCGGUACCACAAGAACGAGGGGACGACGGCGGAGCUGGUGGAAGUGGUGAUGGGGCUCCAGAAGAAGGUGAAGGUGCUCCAGCAGAGGCACCGCCGACACUGCGCCAAGCUGGAGGCCAUGGAAAGCGUGGUGGAGCAGCUCCGGAAGGAGAACUUGGUGUCGGAGGAGAAGCUGAAGCUCCUGGAGAUGGCAUGCCUGCAGUCCAGCACUUUCAUGCCAGAGAGUGGUGGUGCGGUUGCCAUUAUCUGCCAGGACAGAGACCAAGCGCUGGUGUACGCCGUUCCUCAGCUCCCCAGCGAAGGGAAUGAAACCAUCCUUCAUGUGGAAGAGCAGUGACCCAGGACUGAAGGAGGGCGGCUGAGGACAAGUCUUUCUGCAGCUGGCUGGGCCAGGAGCUCUUCCCAGGAAGCGCGCAGAGCCUGCCCCAAGGAAUGCAGGCCCGGCCCAGCGGAGCCGUGGCUGAGCUUGACUGUGUCUCGGUGGCCUUACUGUGACAGCACCUUAUCUUCCGGGAGAGGUUUGGGGAUGUUUUUCCCCGUCUGAGAUCACUAUAUGUAUAAUCAUCCUAAUGGGGAACGAACUGGCAGCCUUGUGCGUGUCCUACACCUUCGCGGGCCAGGGGCUGCUAACUUGCAUUAGCUGGCAUGGCCGUGGCCAAGGAUGGUGGGAAUUGUAGUUCAAAACCUGGACAGCUGCAGAUUCCCCACCUCUGUCUGGUGGGGAGGGAAGACUUGCCAAUGCUCCUCCCCUGCUUGUAAUUCUUGUGAGCAUCACUGGAGUAACUUGCUUCAUCUCAGUGGCCAAAAAGUGUCCUGUCCUGUCUUGGGUGCCUAGAAUUUUGCUCUCAGGCCCUCCUGAGUGCUAUUUUAAAGGGCUCCACUUCAGCAUUUGCGAGGGUGACUUCCCUGCUGCAGGGACUGGUGGCCUCUUCAGGUUUCCACACGGAUUCAAGCUCGGUGAGAAAGAUGAUUCUUGCUAUCUGUCCGUCCGGAGCCUUUUUGUACGGAGAGCUUGUAAUAAGAUGGCUUGAAUGGAAGUAGGUGUUGCCAGGAAGAGCGCGUGUGAGACAAGAUAGGGAGGGAGGAGGAACUUGAAAUGGCCACAGGCAGCACAAAGGGAAGUGUGGGAAAGAGUGAGCAGUGGAAACGGCAGGCCCUGUGCCACUGUAAGUGCACGUGCAUUUUGCAACCACAGCGAGGUCAAAACCAGUUUGGGUUAUGCAGAGUCAUAUAUGGUACGUUCUUCAGCCUGGCACUCUUAACGUGCCUUGGAGUAAACCCCAGAAUUCCCCAGCUAUACAAGACGGGGUUUUCUGUGAAUUGUAGCUCGGUGCCUCUGGAGACCACCAGACUGGGACUGAAAUUCCCGGUAGACGAGAUUAAGGAGACAUCAUUGUCAACAGGAGCAGAGUCAGGUCCAGAGCAUCUGCCUUUUGGAGUCUUGCAGUCCAGUACUCUGGCGCGAAGGCAGAGGAGAAACAAAGGCUUAGGGUAGAACUUAAGAGGUGCAAAAUCAGAACAAAAUCAGAACUAUCCUUUUACUAAUCCCCUUCUUGUCACCUUCAACAGCCUGGCCUUCCAAUUGGCUACAGGUUGCACAGAAAGCUAGUAGGCAAACCAGACCUUGAACACUCCCCGUGGCUCCGAGUGAAUUGUGCGUUUUGCAAACUGGUUUGUGUCCACGGCCUGUAUCAUUGCCAUCCAUCCCAGCUGCUCGCCUGGAUGCUCUGGGCUCCUCCACCGGGUAGCACCCAACGCAGAGGCUGGCUGAAGAUGGAAGCAGCCGAUGGCCCUGGAGGUGACCGCCCCCGUGAUCCUUGGGGUGUUCCAGCUGCCAUAAAGUGCAGUUUUUGGGGGGUCAGCCUCCAGCAUUUUUGGGCCCUGGAUCAUCCAGCUUCAUAGAAUGUGGUCUCCUCACGGAGAAGGUUUUAAGCCUGGACAUGUUUGUCCAAGUACUGACAGCUUGAAAGUGCUCUCGGCACCACAGAAGGUCUUCAUAAGAGGAUAGUGAGAGGUGAGCCCGGACGAUGUGGGGCUCUAAUCCAUCUCUCUCAUGGCAGGCGCCAUAGGGAUGCUUUUACUGUACGGCAUCAGGACCGCUUCAUUUCGGAAGAAGCUGCUCCAAGUCCCUCCUCGUUCUCUUAACAUAGCAAAGACUCAGGUGUGCAGGCAGUUGCUCCCUUCUCUACCUCCACUGAUUUUUCUCACAAUUCGGAGGGGGUCUAGACUUCUCUCAGCUUUUCCACGCGGCAACUUGCUUCCAAGUCCUGUAACCGUUUCGUCCUGAAGGGCAAAAAGUCUUCCCAACUAUCCACUAAAUAACGAAUGAUUUAAGGUGAUAAUAAAUCAUUUUAUUACUUAAAUCUUCAUUUUUUAAAAAACACGCCUCCGUGAUUACUCUAACCUAAGAAUGGGAGGAACGAUUUAAAGAUUUUACGAUUGUGUGCCCAUCUUCUCUGAUCUAGUGCCUUUCAGGUGCGUUGGGCCUACAAUUCCCAGCCAGCAUAGCCAACAGAAGCCUGCAAGUUGUAGUCCACAGCACCUGGAAGUUGCCAGCUCUGGGAAGGCCAUGGUAAAUCUUGAAGAAAUGAGCAGGGAUUAUCUCUUUGCAUGUGAUGUGUGUUUAUGCAGCUCUGUAAUUUAAGGAAAUGAAUAAAGGGGAUCUAUUGAAAAAUC